CCAAUUACGGCAGGAGAGCCCGGGCACGGCCUCCGGGCCCCGCCCCUGAGCCAGCAGAGGUAGUGAGAAGGCCGCUACACCUGCCCUGUCUUGCACCGAGAUCGCUGUCAAUCGCGGGACGCUAGGAAUAAAAGGCCCCUAGCAGAGAUUUAAAAAUGGCUACAAACAAAAGUGUUGGCAUCUUCAGCUCCGCAUCCCUGGCUGUGGAGUAUGUGGACUCACUGCUGCCUGAGAAUCCUCUGCAGGAGCCCUUUAAGAACGCUUGGGUCUACAUGAUGGAUAACUAUACAAAGUUUCAGAUCGCAACCUGGGGCUCCCUGAUAGUUCAUGAAGUCAUCUAUUUCUUGUUCUGUUUACCUGGAUUUCUAUUCCAGUUUAUACCUUACAUGAGAAAGUACAAGAUUCAGAAGGAUAAACCAGAAACCUUCGAAGGCCAGUGGAAGUGUUUGAAAACAAUUCUGUUUAAUCAUUUUUUUAUCCAGUUGCCUCUGAUUUGUGGAACAUACUAUUUUACAGAGUUUUUCAAUAUUCCUUAUGACUGGGAAAGAAUGCCAAGAUGGUAUUUGACUUUGGCAAGAUGUUUGGGGUGUGCAGUCAUUGAGGAUACUUGGCACUAUUUCCUGCACAGACUCCUCCAUCACAAGAGAAUUUAUAAGUACAUUCAUAAAAUCCAUCACGAGUUUCAGGCGCCAUUUGGAAUUGAAGCAGAAUAUGCACAUCCUUUGGAAACCCUAAUUCUUGGGACAGGAUUUUUCAUUGGAAUUAUGCUUUUGUGUGAUCAUGUAAUUCUUCUGUGGGCAUGGGUGACUGUACGAUUGCUGGAAACCAUCGAUGUGCACAGUGGUUAUGAUAUUCCUCUCAACCCGCUGAAGCUCAUCCCUUUUUAUGCGGGUGCUCGGCACCACGAUUUCCACCACAUGAACUUCAUUGGGAAUUACGCCUCCACCUUCACGUGGUGGGAUAGAAUCUUUGGGACAGACACCCAAUAUCAUGCCUACAUUGAAAAAAUGAAGCUUGGGAACAAGUCUGAGUGAACACCCCCACUCUACGCCUUCCUCAACUGCAGCUGGCCACUAACAUUGCUUCUGGGGAGCAAAAAUAAGCACGUGACUUGGCUGCUACGUGAUAAGAACAUUAACGACCGUUAAGUACUCUUCCAGAUGAGAACUUUUCUACUUUACAUCCAAGAUCUGAAUAUGUAGGAACAAAUAAUUAUAUAUAUUUAAGUACAGUUUUCAUGAGGCGGUUUUAAAGGCCAUAUUGCUAACCUUACCAGAAGGUUUCAGGAACUGGAGGAAGUAUUAAUGUACAACUCGCCACUUCGUGCCACCUGAGGCUGAAGUUGACGUUGCCUUUUAAGCCUUUUACAUACACUGGUCAGUUCAGAAAAUUCUCAACAAUAAUGUUUGCCUUCUAGUAAGACAUGAUGUUUUUUUUUUUUUUUUAGAAUUUACCUGAAAUGAAAAUAUUACAAAGUGAAUAUAUCAUUUGGUGAGUGAGUGACUGAAAUCCUGUUCUGGUCUGGGGUUGACCAGUCAGGGCUAUUCUUUCUGUGAAGGAUGAUUGGAUUGUAGUAAUUUUAUUGGGAUCUUGUAAAUUGGCUCAUUUCCUACGUGAUGUACAUAGAAUAUUAUAGCCUAAAGAUUUUCAAGUUCCUUGCAGCAUUUUUAAAUUGAGGAGCCCCACUUCUGCUGUCCAUCCUUUGUCUUUGUGUGUCAGGCGGUCAUUGAAGUUGUAUCUUGGGCUUUGUGAAUUCACUUCUUUUAUCUGUACCUGGAGCUAGUGAAAUAAAUGUGAUUUUUGACCUGUCCUCUGGUUUUCAGCGCUGAAGAUUAGCUGUCAUGUUUUAUUCUUAUAAGGAAAAGCACAGAAAUCAUUAAAGUAAGUUUUACAAUAAA